AAUAAUUUUAAGCGGGAGAAAUUGGUUAGGGAAAUAUCCGAAACGAAUAAAAUUAAAAUUAUUAGAGCGAAGGUAUUCCGGAGGAAGUAUAGGAGCGAGAAGGGUUCUUUCCUCCUAGAGGUUACUAUUAUAGACGAUAGGGUUCGUUUUAUUACGGAUUCCCUCUUUUAA